AUGACGGAGUUAUUGAUCAUCCCCUUGUUCAGGAAGACUGAAGCAAAGAUGAUCGAAGAUAUUGCCACUGAAAUUUCGAACAUGUUGAACCUUUCAGCACCAUCCAGUGAUUUAGACGACUUAGUUGGGAUGGAAUCUCAGAUGGCAAGAAUGAGACCAUUGUUACAGCUAGAUUCAGAUGAAGUGAGAAAAAUGGGGAUUUGGGGUCCGCCUGGGAUUGGUAAGACCACCAUUGCUAGAUCUCUAUUCAACCGACACUCCCAAGAUUUCCAACUGAGUGUUUUUAUAGAUAAUAUCAAAACAAAGUACGCAAUACCAGCUUGUUCCGAUGACUACAGUGUGAAGUUGUAUUUACAGAAACAGCUUAUGUCUCAACUAACCAACGAGACAUUUGUCAAUAUUUCACAUUUGGGAGUCGUAAAAGAUAGGUUGAAAGACAAGAAAGUUCUUGUCGUCCUUGAUGAUGCUGAUCAUUUAGUACAACUAGAAGCCAUGGCAAAAGAAACUUCUUGGUUUGGUCCUGGGAGUCGGGUUAUAAUCACAACACAAGAUCAAAGGGUUUUAAAAGCAAGUGGGAUCAACCAUAUACACGAGGUGAAUCUACCAUCACAUGAUGAAGCUCUUCAAAUGUUCUGCAUGUAUGCUUUUGAUCAGAGUUACCCAAAAGAUGGUUUCGAGGAGCUUGCUUGUGAAGUUAUGAGUCUUGUAGGUAAACUUCCAUUGGGGCUAAAAGUUAUGGGCUCAUAUUUUCGGGGAAUGUCCGAGCAUUACUGGAUAGAGGCACUACCAAGGUUAAAGACACACCUUGACCGAGAUGGAGAAAUUGCGAGGAUUUUAAAGUUUAGUUAUGACGUUUUAAAUGAUGAAGAUAAAAGAUUAUUUCUCCAUAUAGCCUGCUUUUUCAGUGGGGAACCAGUUGAUAUGGUGGAAAGCUGUCUGGAAGAAUGUUUUGAGGAUGUGAGACAAGGGCUUCGCGUCUUAUGUGAAAAAUCUCUCAUAUCUAUUGAAUAUAGAGACAUAGGGAUGAAAAAGUUGCUAGUCCAAUUGGGAAGACAAAUUAUGCGAAAAGAAUCUGUUAGUGAACCUGGAAAACACACGUUUUUGAAUGAUGCAAGCGAUAUUGGUGAAGUACUUAGUGAUGAUAAAGCAAGUAAUAGCAAUGUCAUAGGAAUAAAUCUUGAGCAGAAUGAGGAAAUAACAUCAUGUACAAGUGAAAGAGCCUUUCAAAGAUUGUCUAAUCUUCAAUUCUUAAGAAUUCAUGGUUAUGGCAUCAAUCCGCUAAGUAUGAACUACAUAUCCCGAAAACUCAAAGUACUAAUUUGUCCAACGUUCCCCAUGUCAUGUUUUCCUUCAAGAUUUAAUCCAGAGUUCCUAGUCGUACUACGCAUGGAGAAUAGCAACCUUGAGAAACUGUGGAAAGAUAUUAAACCACUCAAAAAUCUCAAGCUGAUGGAUUUGAGUUAUUCAUUUCGGUUGAAAGAGCUUCCUGAUCUCUCAACUGCAACUAAUCUACAUGUCUUGAAUCUCACCUAUUGCUCAAGCCUUGUGAAGCUCCCUUCCUCUAUAGGGAAUGCAAUUAAUCUCAGAGAACUGGAUCUCAACUUUUGUUCGAGUCUGGUGGAUCUCCCUUCCUCUAUGAGAAACCUUCGUAAAUUGUCGAAUUUGGGAUUAAUGGAAUGCUCAAAGUUAGAGGUUAUUUUGGACAACAUAAGCUUGGAAUCUCUCGAAAAUCUCGAUCUCUCAGGUUGCUCUUUGUUGAAAAGUAAUCAUGAGAGUUCCAUAAACAUUCAAGAGCUUGAUCCAUGGAUAGGGAGAAUAUCUAAUAUAUGUGUGCUUUAUCUAAUGGGAAUGAAGAAUCUGGUAUCAAUCCCGCCGCUUCCGGAUUCGAUAUUGUUAAUAGAUGCAUCCAAUUGUGAGUCACUGGAGAGACUAGAUUGGUCCUUUCGCAAUCUAUGUAAUCAUCUCUACUUCCCAAACUGCUUCAAACUAAAUCAAGAAGCCAGAGAUUUCAUCAUCCAAAGUAGUCGAUAUGCAACCUUUCCCGGUAGAGAAGUGCCUCAGUGCUUCACUUACAAAUCUUAUGGGAGUUUUGUAACUGUGAAGUUGAAUCAAAUGCCUCUUGGCAAAUCAACCAAAUUUAAGGCUUGCAUCUUAUGUGCUGAUGGUAACGAAGAUCAAUUAAAAUAUUUGGAAAAUACAUCUCUUUGUUGUGCCAUCACGUCCGGAGGAAAUGUUUUCAUUGCUUUUAAUGAAAGAGUAAUAGGAGUAAUGCCGGGACAUUUAUACACAUUCGUGGUUGAGGUUGAAACAGAGGAGGUCACUUCCACCGAGCUUCUUUUUGAUUUCGAUCUCCUCAAUUCGAAUUCCAAAACAUGUGAAAUAAAAGGAUGCGGGGUACUCCAACUCCUGGAGGUCCCUUUAUUGAGCUUCGGAGAUGACGAUGAAGAUUUUGAACCUGCAGACAAAGAGAUCUGA